AUGCCUUCAAUCAUAUCCUUCUCAGCACGGUUCUUUGGAAUCGAUAAAUCACAUUCAACAACUAGCUGCACUUGCGGAUGCCACCAGUCAAUAUCAGCCUCAAAUACAUUCACACCCUCUCGAUGGUUUCCACGUAUCCGUCGUCGAUCCUCAUCUGCUUCAGAAGAAACACGUUCACGUUCACGUUCACAGGCACAGGCACAAACACAAAUGCAAACACAAUAUACUGUUGCUGAACAAGAGCAACUAUCACGGCUAUAUACAGAAUUCAAAGAAUAUCACACUCUUGCUGAAGACGAGAUGGGUUAUGCGGUAGAGUCACGCGGAUCGAUUUAUUACCGUGGUGAUCUUUUGGCAGCACAGGAAGCAGUCGAAAUAUGUCUUGGUCAUUAUCAACAGCUCACGAGCCUACUAGACUCUGUAACCUCUGCACAACUCAAUGCCAGAUGGUCGAAAUCACUCUCACACCUUCGAACACGUCUUGAUGGUCUUCCAAUGGCCUAAAAAACCCAACUUCUUUAUACAUAUAUACAUAUAUACAUAUAUACAUACAAAAAAGCAAAGCAAAUCAUAAUGCUUUUGCACAAACAAUCUACUUAAUUAUUUAUUUAUUCUAUUUAAUAACCAUUACCAUCAUCAUAGUCAUAAUUAUAAUCGCCAUCAUCAUAAUCCUCCCUUUUUUUAAAUACAUAUAUAUCUUAUAUCUUUGAUAGCAAAAUUGUACCUUUUUCUCAAUUUAACCUGUAUAUAAACCAUUUACUUCUAUUAAUAAUAAUAAUAAUCAUCAUCAUCAUCAUCAUUUCAACUAUCAAUUCUAUACACAUACUACUUUGUCUCGUAUAUGUAAAAACUAAUAAAAUAAAUAAUAAUGCAAUC